UGAGAGGAUGACUGUACGGUAACUUUUGUUUUUCCAACGAUUUAGAAAUUGGAAAAGUCGUCUCUAAAGAAUGAACUGGGGAUUUACAUGUAAGCUCCAAACCUGUUGCCGUUGAAGUUGAUUCCAACUCAUAGCGACCCCAUAGGACAGACUAGAACUGCCCCAUAGGGUUUCCAAGGAGCACCUGGUGGAUUUAAACUGCCAACAUUUUUGUUAGCAGCUGUGGCUCUUUAACCACUAUAACACCAGAGUUUCCGUAAUUUUCAGGAUAGUUGAGAUAGUAGAUCACAUUGAGUUUGUGAAAUUCUUUUUGACCCAAUUCUCUUUGCUAUCAAAGAUUUAGUAAGAAAGUUACUAAGUAUUCUAAUGACCAUAUUGAUGAGUUGUUAUUGAAGUAAAGUGACUAAGAGUGGUUGGCCUGGGAACCAGGGAUAUGCUAUUCUCGUAGUUAUCAUGAUUGAACAGAGAAGUAUUCAGGAAAACCUGGAAAUGUCAGAGUGAGGGCAAGAACAAAAACUCAGGGAAAUACGUAGCGAAUAUGCUUCUAUGCAAAGCUCAAUGUUAUCCUCUAUAAAGCCAUUUCACAUAGCUACACAGAAAAGAGGCCAGGAUAGGAAAAGGGAGAGAGAAAGAGAAAGAGAGGUGAAACAUUGGCUAUAUUUACAUCUACAUGGGUGAUAAGUAGGAGCUAUGGUUUGUGCAGGGGUGCUGCUCCUCUGGGUAUGAAUCUGAUGUAGAUGCUGAUGAUUUUUGUUUUUAACAUUUUUGUUUUUUUGUUUUUCAGACCAUUGCUACUGCAGCAUAUCAUCACUGUAAUCUAUGCGUCCCAUUGCCCAGUUCCCAAAAAGAAACCAGGCAACAUCAUGGAAGGAAAGAAUCAAACAGCUCUAUCUGAAUUCAUCAUCUUGGGAUUCUGCAACCUAAAUGAAUUACAGUUUUUACUAUUCACCGUCUUCUUUCUGACUUAUAUCUGCACUUUGGGAGGGAAUAUAUUCAUUAUGUUAGUGACUAGGGCUGAUCCACACCUACACAUUCCCAUGUAUUACUUUCUAGGGAACUUGGCCUUUCUUGACAUCUGCUGCACCACCACCAAUGUCCCCCAGAUGAUGGUGCAUCUCCUAUCUCAGAAGAAAAGCAUUUCCUAUGGGGGAUGUGUGGUUCAAAUUUUUGCAUUCAUUUUCUUUGUAGGAUCAGAGUGUCUCCUCCUGGCAGCAAUGGCAUAUGAUCGUUACAUUGCAAUCUGCAAACCUUUAAGGUAUUCAGUUAUUAUGAACAAAGUACUGUAUAGCCAGUUAGCAGCCUCAUGCUGGACUGGUGGUUUUCUCAACUCAGUGGUGCACACCGUACUGACAUUCCACCUGCCCUUCUGUGGCAACAACCAGAUUAAUUAUUUCUUCUGUGACAUCCCGCCUUUGCUGCUUUUGUCUUGUGGGGACACAUCUGUCAAUGAACUGGCAUUGCUUUCCACUGGAGUCUUCAUUGGUUGGACUCCUUUCUUGUUUAUCAUCUUUUCCUACCUUUACAUAAUCUCUACCAUCUUGAAAAUUCAAUCAUCAGAAGGGAGGAAAAAAGCCUUUUCUACAUGUGCCUCCCAUCUGGUCAUUGUCCUUCUCUACUAUGGCAGUGCCAUCUUCACCUAUGCUCGGCCCAUCUCAUCUUACUCAUUAGAGAAAGACAGACUGAUCUCAGUAUUGUACAGUGUUGUAACUCCCAUGCUAAACCCUAUAAUUUACACACUGAGGAAUAAGGACAUCAAAGAGGCCGUGAAAGUCGUGGGAAGGAAGUGGUAGCCAUCAACAUCCCUCUUUUGAUAUAUAACAUUCACUUACCUGUGAUCAAUAUUCUUUUAUUAGAAAAUUCACUUUUUACCAGCUGGCUGUUUCUAGUGAUGCUCAAUUUAUAAGUUGAUUGCAAUGAUGGGACAGAUAUUGAACAGUUGGCACACUCAACCUUAGUGUACAUGUUCUUGAGUUUUUGUUGGUCCUGUGGUGAGAGACAAAGAUGCUAACUUCUUUAUUUUUUUUAGGUGCUACCUUCUUAUGGAUCCUUUCCAUUCCUGAAUUCUCUAUCCAAAAGAGUAAUAUUUGUUUGAUGGGCUUCAUCUUUUGGCGCUUUCCUUCCUUCUCCAUAUUAUUCCCUGCAUGUUGAGGAGAAGUGAAAGAUUUUCUCCUCAUGAUCAUUUUAUAUGUUAAUCAUAUUUCUGUAUAUUUAAGUCAUGCUUUUGACCUUUCCCUACUGUUGCUAGGUAGCAGGGAUUCAGUUGCGACUUAUAAUGACCG